CCCCCGCCGCUGGGGGCGUGGUGUGGAGCGACUGAGACUCGGGCAACGUUGGAGGUCGCCAUCCAGGGAAGCAACAGGAAGAGAGAUUGACCACCUCCACACAACCGCCAUGGUGUAACAACUCCCCCAAGACAAGCAAAGUACAAACCCAAGCACAAAAAAGGUGCCGCAAUGGGGAGGGUAAGCUCGGGCCUGUCGGAUCGGAGGGAGGAGAUGGGUCUCAUUCGUCUCUGCCACUGGGGUCCAGCCGUGGCCCUCUCCGUAAUCACCGUGUGCACCUGCAUGGCCAUCCUGGACUCGCUGCUGUGGUACUGGCCCACCGAUACACCCGGCGGGCUUCUCAACCUCGCUGUGCUCUCCCUCUGGGCUUUUCUCAUCCUCUACAACUACUUCAGCGCCAUGUUCGUGGGGCCUGGCUAUGUGCCUUACGGCUGGAAGCCCGAAAAGCCAGAGGAUGUCCAGUACCUGCAGUAUUGCAACAUCUGCCAGGGGUACAAGCCCCCACGCUCACAUCACUGCCGCAAGUGUAACAGGUGCGUGAUGAAGAUGGACCACCACUGCCCAUGGAUCAACAACUGCUGUGGCCACUCCAACCAUGCGUACUUCACGUGGUUCCUGCUGCUGGCGCCACUGGGCUGCUUGCACGCAUCUGCCAUCAUCUCUCUGACCAUCUAUAGCCAGCUGUACCACAGGGUCAGCUCCUGCUCCCACUGGCUCUCCUGCAGGAUCUCCUUUGGGAUGACAAAACUGCAGAUCGACGUGUCAGCUCCGCCCAUGGGACCUGUGCCGUUCGGAGUUUCAGCUUUUGCUGCAUCCCUGUUCGCUCUGGGCCUUGCUGUGGGCACUACCAUUGCCGUGGGAAUGCUUUUCUGUGUACAGAUUAAAAUUAUUUUGAGAAACAAAACUUCCAUCGAAACCUGGAUUGAAGAAAAGGCACGGGACAGAAUCAACUAUUAUAAACUGGACGAGCAGUUUGUGUUUCCGUACGAUCUGGGCUCACGCUGGGCCAACUUUAAACAGGUGGUGACGCUCGGGGGCAUGCCGCGUGGGAACGGCGUGCACUGGGCCCUUCACGAGGGCUGCGACCCCUACACGCUCACGGUGGAGCAGCUCAAGCAGAAGGCUGACAAGAGGGCCAGGACGGUGCCGUACCGUGCUUCGGAGAACUACAGCGGAGCGUGCUGCCCCAUCACCAAGGGCGUGAGGACACUCUUCGGGAUGCCCUGCACGGAUGAGCCUCGCAUCAAGCUGACGCGGGGCGACGUCGUGCUCAUCACGCGUGCCACCAAGCACUGGUUUUAUGGAGAAAAGGUUGCCGAUGGCGAAGGAGAGCGGGAGCGUGGUUGGUUUCCCCGUCGCUGUGCUGAGCGCAUCUCCCUGCCGGACACGGAGAGCAUGGAGAGCACGGAGAACUCCACCGAGGGCAAGAAGAAUUCCUGACGUGCAGAGAUAUACCACCCUUCUCCACACGACACCGCUCUACGGCAAAUGUGCAAAAAGCGCACAUGCUCGGAAAAUUAUUCUAAACACAAAAUAGAAACCUUCUUUACAGCUGCGCUAACGUUUACAAAUGGCUCCUGGAAAUAAAUUAAGGAAACUACUGAACACGAUACAUUUUGCAUUUUUUUAAAAACUUAAAUGGUUACAUCCUGUACGUGUUUUACUCUAAAUUUAUAAUAUGUUAAUGUGUUCUUGAAUUUGAGGAUGAACAAUGUUUAAAGGAUAAUAGUGCUCUGAAGUGUGUGUACCUUUGGUGCACACCUCUAAAUUAAAGUAUUUUACCUUUGCUUUCAGUUGCAAAGGUUCCUCUUCCGCUGUUUGCAUGAAAUGCUGUUUGGCUUUGGGAAAUAGUUUGGGUCCGAUUUAACAGGAGUGGAUUUGCAUACCCGAUUUUGCAGAAUUUUUGCAGAAGGAUCUUCUCAUUGACUUAAUGGUCAGCCAGCUUUAAUAUUGCCUACAAUUACAUGUUUUGCAUCAUUUUGCUUUUGUGUGACCACUCAGAGCUCUAUAUGUACGCAUUUCUCUUAUUUUAUCUGGGUUAGGUUUGUGUUCAUUUUCGUGUAUUAUGCGGCUAAUCUAUUUCUACUCAAUGAAAUUUGAAUUCACUCUUUUACUAUAUUUAUUUUACCAGGUAAGGGCCACUGAGCUAUAUAGUUAUUUUUCAGAAGUGACCUGGCCACAAAUGAUAGUUCAACAAAUUGGCUUAUGUGGAAAUGUAUAGCAGCCAAAUACUCUAAACGCAUGUUUCUAAAUGUGGAGGUUAAAACUGGUGGACCCAGAGAAAAAGCCACACGAUCACGGGGAGAACUUGCAAACUCCAAAUAUACAGCAGCAGGCGUCAUGGAUGGGAUAGAACCCACGACUUCCUCUCUAUGCGGCCACGCGUGGGAAAUCAUGUGUACUAUAUGCGCUACUUGGCAGGCAGCUGUCUGAUGCGGUGCAUUGUGGGUUGUGUGAUUGUGGUCUAUGCUACGCGAUUUCGCUUUGUUAUAUUUUUUUGGAACGCGCCUACCACAAAGUGAGGGAAAACUGUAUUACCCUCAGCCUCCAUCGGUGCCCAUAGACUCUGCCACGUGACUUUGCUGUCCGUGCAGUGUAGAGUAGGAUUUUGCAAACUCCAGGUCCAGUAAACAGAGUAUACGCUGAUUAGAUGUAACGUGCAGUUUGAAUUGGAUUAUGCUUUCCGCACCUAAAUGUGAAAAUCCAGCCUGGUCAGACCGUUCCAUUUCAUUUCCACUAACACUUUAUUGUAUGGUUUCAUAUUUAUUUAAUCGAGUACCAGGUACGUGAAUCCUCCAUAACAUUUUUUCCCAAAUCAUAUUGCUAAGUUUCAGCUCUCCCUAACACUAGAAUUGAGACAUUACAGUUGGAGUAAAGGCAUUUAUUCAUCUGAUGUGUAUGUGCACCCUGUUUUGUGAAAUCUUUAUCUGGCUCAAUCAAGUUCUAAAACUAACUGUGGCUUGUACGAGAAGAAGAGAAAAAUGUGUAUUAAUGCUGCUGUCUUGAUGACCAAACAGCAUUGUGUCUUAAGCCAUCGUAUAGCAAUAGGUAACUACUGGGGCCAAAUGUAUUGUCUAUAUUCUCGAGUUUCACAUAAGAACACUUGGUCCACAUACACACCUAAUUUAAUUGCGAGUUUUUAGUUGCAAUGGGAGCCGCGAUGAUGGUCAAUGUGCUUGGGAAGGUCGAGGAUGUAGACAUUUUUUAAAUGCUGGCACCCAACCAAGUUGUGGUGCAAUACAGCAGGGUAUUAAAAUCUCCCAGGCCAUACUCAUCAAUUAAAAAAAGUAAUAUAUUAAUGUUUGUAUCCUUAAAAUAAAAAAUAAGUAAGAAGUGUCACAUUUGAGUUUUUACUCCCGUGACGGUGUUUACAUAGUAUUUCCACGGUGGCUGAAUGGGCGUCAAGUCCAAGCUUAUUCCAAAUCAAGCAAUGAAUGGUGGUGGCGGCGGUGUGGCUCGGGUAGGGUGGACAGGUGGUGUUAAUGUCAUCGCUGCCACGCUGCUGAGGGACAGCAAAGUUGUGUUGAAAGCAGUGCCCUGCAAAUCGGCACUGCGGCCCAUUUGAAGUUGCCAUGAAUAAGCUGGUUAUGAUGGCCUUUAGACAUUUUGUGUACAGCAAAUGGAUAGAUUGUGCCAAUGGACAUUCUCUAUCAGUAAAUAUGGCUUGUGGAGAGGAAGCAGUGGUAUUUAGAGGAAUCUAUUUAUUUUAUAUGUUUUGCUUAAACACGGGUAUUUGGUAGUUUUAUUUUUUGUUAUGUUUAACCACUAGCUCGCAUGCAUCAAUCUGUAACUACUAUUCAAAUCGUUCUUUAUGGAAAACAGGCUGGCACUUUCAUAGAUGCUGGUUUUAUCUUGAUUUGGGUAUUUUUUUGUUUCGCCUAUUCUGUUCAACAUCACUCAUUUUCAUGUUAAGAUUAAAUAAUUCUCGGUAUAUUCACCGAUGAUUCACAGAUUCGUUUGACACAAUCUGUCGUGCAUUUAUGAUUUUAAUGUGAUGAUAGCCAGAAAAAAGUGCAGUCAAUGGGGCCUUAUGCUGUAUAUACUUUCACUCAGUAUGGCGCAUUGAGAAAUACAACCAUGGUAAACCGCAGCGUGCUGUCAGCUACCAAGAUAAAUUGUCCUAUUUUUGCCACAUACUAAACAAGCACAUGCAUUAUCAAUAAACAUCGACAUUUAAGUAAUUACUGUGGGAUUAAUUAUACACAUGUUCAUGUAUUGUCAGUCACAAAAUGUAUUCCUGAUUUCCACAAGACUAGAAACACUCAAGUGCCCUCCACUCAAGGUUCUGAAGGUUAGUGCCAAACAUUGCCUAACGUACCAAUUGUUGCAUUUGAACCCAGUUCUUGAUAGACUUUAAAUGAUUUUGGUAUAUUUCGCUAAACUCAAGUUCAGUACUAUAAGCACGAGCUCCUUCAUUGGGUUUAGAAGUCUGUGCAUUUUUCGUAUGUAAUGUUUGGUCUUUGGUUAAAAUUGUCCAGAAUUGUUAAAUGUGGAUUUGUCCUAUUGGCGGUUGUGUGCUUAACUGAUCUUGGAAAAUGUUGGAUGGUGUUUCGAUAUUUUGUCGAAUAAGGUAACGGUUUAUAUGUUUGUUCCUGAUGACCAGUAUUCCUGUAAUCAAUUUUCACCUUUGUAUUAAUGCUGCGUAUAGGCUAAAGAACCACCAAAACAUUUAAGUAUCUUUAAAUUUGUCAAUGCACUUGCUUUGACUAAUCUACUUCCAGAGGUGAAGACCAGGUGAAACGAAGUACUGUAUGUUCACUCUUACACAUGCUUGCUGUUAUAUACAGCUAUAUUGUCUGUGGUCUCCCAAUAUAAGUUUUUAAUCGAACCGUGGAGCAUAGUGUUAAUACUAUAUCAGUGAAUGAGUUGAUUGGAUCAUUGAGUAAAUUUGAGCCCUGAAAUAUGUUUUAGAUAUUUGUAUGCUGUAUUUGGUAUACAGAUGCCAAUACAUUCCCAGUGUUGAACAUUGGAACAUAGCCCAUUUUGGAACACAGCAAUCAUGUUGGCUAAAUUAUUUUCCACGUCACCUAGCAAUAACCAAUUGUACAGUGUAAUAUUUUAUGAACGUUAUUUUAAAAGGAAACAUGCAUGAAAAAGCAUAGAAUUUCUGGAAUAAAAUGCUAAGAAACAA